AUGGUCCCUUACUUCUUGCUGCUCUUCCUCUUCCCCUCGGUGCGGGCCACCGAGCGGCCCGAGGGCCGGGCAGACCAGCAGAGCCUGGAGGCGGCCCUGGCCGUGCCCAACGCCUCGCACUUCUUCUGGAACAACUACUCGUUCUCCGACUGGCAGAACUUUGUGGGCCGGAGGCGCUACGGGGCCGAGUCCCAGAACCCCACGGUGAAAGCCCUGCUCAUCGUGGCGUACUCCUUCAUCAUCAUCUUCUCGCUCUUCGGCAACGUGCUGGUGUGCCAUGUCAUCUUCAAGAACCAGCGGAUGCAUUCGGCCACCAGCCUCUUCAUCGUCAACCUGGCGGUCGCCGACAUCCUCAUCACGCUGCUCAACACCCCCUUCACUCUGGUCCGCUUCGUGAACAGCACGUGGGUGUUCGGGAAGGGCAUGUGCCACGUCAGCCGCUUCGCCCAGUACUGCUCCCUGCACGUCUCGGCACUGACGCUCACAGCCAUUGCUGUGGACCGCCACCAGGUCAUUAUGCAUCCAUUAAAACCCCGGAUCUCAAUCACAAAAGGGGUCAUCUCCAUCACCGUCAUCUGGACCAUGGCCACCUUCUUUUCACUCCCGCACGCUAUCUGCCAGAAAUUAUUUACCUUCAAGUACAGCGAGGAUGUGGUGCGCUCCUUAUGCCUGCCCGACUUCCCUGAGCCAGCCGACCUCUUCUGGAAGUACCUGGAUCUGGCCACCUUCAUCCUGCUUUACAUCCUACCCCUCCUCAUCAUCUCCGUGGCCUACGCUCGCGUGGCCAAGAAGCUGUGGCUGUGCAACACCAUUGGCGACGUGACCACAGAGCAGUACCUCGCCCUGCGGCGCAAGAAGAAGACCACUAUCAAGAUGCUGGUGCUGGUAGUGGUCCUCUUUGCCCUCUGCUGGUUCCCCCUCAACUGCUAUGUCCUCCUCCUCUCCAGCAAGGUCAUCCGCACCAAUAAUGCCCUCUACUUUGCCUUCCACUGGUUUGCCAUGAGCAGCACCUGCUACAAUCCAUUCAUUUACUGCUGGCUGAAUGAGAAUUUCAGAGUGGAGCUAAAGGCAUUACUGAGCAUGUGCCAAAGGUUGCCCAAGCCUCGGGAGGACAGGCCACCCUCCCCGGUCCCUUCCUCCCGGGUGGCCUGGACGGAGAAGAGCAAUGGCCGGAGGGCUCCACUGGCCCAUAACCUCUUGCCCUCAUCUCAGUUGCAGUCUGGGAAGACAGACCUGUCAUCUGUAGAACCCAUUGUGGCGAUGAGUUAGAGGAAGUUAGGAAGAG